AUGUCUUUCUUUAUAAAAUUAACACCAAGAACUAAAAGAAGAUUAUCAAUAGGUAUGAUAUGCUAAUUAUGAAUUAGAUUUCUAAAUUUAGGAAGGUUUACCUUAAAUUAAGGUGAUUAGAUCUAGAGCAUAUACUUUCAACAAAACAAAUAUCAACAAAAACUCAAUUACUGUUUCUCCUAGAAGCAAUUUAAAAUCACCUAAGAUUAUUUUAAAACCUGUAAUAAAUGAUUAUUAUUUUUUUUAAGUUGCAAAGUUGUCUUAAAGAUUCGCCCAUUUAAGUCUUAAAAUGUACUCCAAAAAAAUAAUUUAAAAUACAACCUACACGUGACUUUAGUGUCUCUGGAUUUGAAACUACUGAUGUAGAGAUAGAAGAUUUCUUGCUUUAAUCAUAUGUUAAAAAAUAAUGA